GCCUGGGCGACAGAGCGAGGCUCUCUCUCAAAAAAAAAAACAAAAAACAAAAAAACUUCAUUGAGUAUCCCAGUAAUGUCUUGUAUAGAUCCACAAUCUGAUCCAGAAUCAUGUAUUACAUAUAAUUGUCAUGUAGUAUAUAUAUUUUUUAAGUCUAAGCCAAUAAUGUUGCAGAAUUACCUUGUCUCUUAAUUUGGUAGUGUUGAAUGUUUCCUCAUAGUUAGAUGCAAAUUAUGCUGUCUUUUUUGUAGAAAUAAAUAAUGCAGAAGGGAGGCUGAGUUCUCAGUGCAUCAUGUUAGCAAGUACACGAGGCUAACUUGUCUUAUCACUGGUGAUAUUAACUUUCAUCACUUCAAUAAAAUGGCAUCUGCCAAGUUUCUACAUUAUAAAUUCAAGUAACAAGUAUUUUGUGCUUAGUAACUAACAGGUAGUUAAUAAAUAUUUUAUAAGGAGCCACUAAAAACUAUGUAAAUAUUCUGUUCUUUAUUAGAAUUUUAUCUACUCAUUUUAGCAUCCAUUGAUGAUUCUCGUCAGAAUCCAUUAUUACCAAAUGGAUGCUGUUAUUACCAAAUUGCUGCCAAAUAGUGAUUUUCUACCUUCUCAUUCUUUGUAGAUUUAUAAGUUGGUAUUCUGCUGUGAAGUAGAAGUUUUUCUCCCCCGUUUACAUAUUACUCAUUCAUUUAUCCUUACCAGUGUAGAUUCAUGGCAUCUUACUUGAUUUAAUGGUCUAUAAUCCAUUACUAUCCGCAUUUAUUUUGAUGCUCAUGUUUUCCCAGAUUUGGCCAGUGGGAAUCUCAUCAACUUGUGUCUUGUGUUCUUUCUACAUGUCCAUGUCAUCCCUUACUUUAUGAUACAACAGGAUGUUUCAGACUCACCUUUUAUGUUCCCUGCACUGUAAUCAGCUAUUUCUUUAAGGCUGUCUGGUUCUUUUUCGUAGAGAAUAGUGUUUAUUAACCAAGAUCUGGGUGCCAGGUUUGCACAUUGCUACUGGAAGGUCGCUGCUUCUAGGAAUUAGGGAACAGAAAUAGAAAAAUAUUUUAACGUAUACACUUGCACACUCAUGUCUAUAUCAAUUUCUAGAUGUCUGUCUAUCCUUGAAAAAUCUUAUGCUUACAUUGGUACUCCAAUUCUAAUCUAACACUCUAGGUUUAUUCUAGUCUUUCCUCUUUCCAUAUUUGUAACUCCCUCUUUGAGAAGAAAUGGACCUCUGUUAUUGUCAAUAUACUUACUUUUUGCUUAAGCCUCAGUGUACACCCAAUUCUCACACUUAUGGGCUGCCUCCUUGGCUCUGAUGCACUGACCCUGACCCUACUUGAAAAAAAAGAUGUAAUAAUUCUUAAUUGGCAAGAUAGAUGAAACUGAAGUAAGGAGAGAAAGAGACUGAAUGUAUAGAAAGAGAACUGAGAGAGAGAGAAUAUAGUAUUCUGCAUAGUCUGUAAAACCAAGCCCCAUGCAUUGUCUCAAGGCAGCUUUUUGACUUCUACAGCCUCAGUAACCAUAAGGUAUGAAAUAUCUCUGUCGGGGAAUAUGAGUAAUUUGCCAUUUCUUCAAUGAUACAAACAAACCUGAUUUCCCUUAUUUUGGGAGGGGGUUUGUGAUCUCCAAUGUGAAGCAUCGUUAAUAAGGAUAAAACAUUACUUUUGCAUCAAAAGCAAAUAUUUUAGUGGAAGAACUUGAAAAGGCAAACUAUAUAUAUUAUGGAUAGUGCAAACAUUUGUGUGUGUGUGUAAACAAUAAAUAAGAUUUUAAUUGUUUUUAUUAAUAAACAAAUUAAAUAACCUAACCAGUAAAAAGUGCUAAUAGAGCUGAUGUAAUGUAUUUCCAGCUCUUACUUACCUGGCUCUUAAAUGACUCGGGUGUGUUUGUAUUUGUGGGUGAGUGAGUAUAUGUGCACAUGUGGACACACACGGAGAGUGGUGUGUUUCCCCACAUCUGUCUUCACCACCAGAGAGGUAGAGAUAAUUUCCUUUAGUUUUAGAAGAGGGGGUUGGCAGAGACUAUUCUUUUAGUUGAAAAAUGUAAAAUAUCACGUGAAAUGUUGAUUUUUGGAGUACUUUUCUUGCAUAACUACAUGCCUUUUCAGACUACGUAAAGGUUAAUGACAAAAUCUGAAAGAAUGAUUUAGAAAGAUUUUUAUCUUAAUAAAGCAGACUAGAAAGAAAGGAAGUUUAUCAUUGACAUUAUAAAAGUUACCUUUGGGAAAACAGUUACCUAUAAAUUAAUCUGCGGCCCUUUGCUCUAAGAAUACCUUUUAUAUCUCCAGCUAGCAUCAGAUCUUCUUGAAAUCAAUAGUAAUCUGAUUGCCUCCAGAGAACAGUUGCCCUCCUGUGUUUUAAGCCACAGAGGAACUGUGCAUUUUUGUGAUAAGCAUAACUUAGAGGAGGAUUAUAUUUUCUUUCUUAAUCUAUUACCUACCGGUGCUGCCUUAUCCUGUUACUCACAUUUCCUUUUCAUCAUUAAGUUGGUAGCACAGAAAAAGAAAUGUGAUAUUAGGAUUGGUAGCAGUGGACCUUAAUUUGGAAGGGUAGGAAAUAAUAGCUUUCUUAAACCUUACCUCAUACGUUAGAAAGAUUAGCCCCUGUGUUUAGGGUAUCAGUUAACAUUGCUCUCUGGUGGAUUUUAUCUUGUGUUCUGUAGACUAAGAAGAGAUUGUUACAGAAUUUUAGAUGCAGAAUGAAUGAAAGGAGAAAAAUCACCUUCAGUUGAUGAUGCAGGAUAUUUGAUGUUAUUCCUCCUCCAGGUAGACUUCUAGUCUUCCACUAUUUGAAAGCAAUUUUCGUGUCACUCAUAAAUAAUCAAGAAACGGAAUUCAUGUUAGGUUUAAAGAAAGGACUUAGAAAUCUGAGCAUGGCUUUGACUGAUAAUAAGGAGAUAACAGAAAAAGCUGAAAUAGAGGAAGGAAAUGAGAGUGGAGGACUAAUAAUAGCAGGAAAAUUUGAAGAUACACUUAAUGUUCUGAGAAUUUUUCCACUACAACUCAACUCUUAGGCUUGUUAGGAGCAUCUGAGUAUAUUUAACUUCAUGAACUUCAACUCAUAUAAGUUCAAGUUAUGUUGAAGAAGCAUGCUCAGAUGGUCUGGAGAAGCUAGAUGUUGAGGGUUGAAUCACAGGAAUGUGUUGGAUAACCCUGGUGUUAUCUAGCUUUGAAAAGAAGAUGAUUCAGGCCAAGAUCUGUGUCCCAGUCACUAGGUGAUUGUGCAGUACAGGUACAGUAAGAGAUAUUUCCUUGGCCUCCUGCUCAACAAGCUCAGAGCCAAUAUACACUACUUGGUCAGCAAAACAAGAGUCUUCUUUGAAGACUUAGACUGUGCAGUAUAAGAAACUGCCUGCUGUUGGAGAGCUUUGGAGAUCCACCUCUGUGAGGGGUGGAUACCAUUCUGACACAUCCAGUCACCAUCAUCAGUAGAGAUCACUGAUACAUUAAAGAGGUGUGAGCUACUGGGAGAUAGUUUUUGCUAGGAGGUAUACUCAUUAUUUAUUUUCACUCCCGCUGAGUCAAAUUCGAUGGGGAUAGAUGGUAUUUUCUUAGUACAGAAUCCGGUCAGUAGAGUUCCCUGGGUCACUUGAAUCAUGGUUACCUGUGGUGUGGUAUGGGGGUGGGGGGAAGGUGACACAUCCCCUUUCUAGACUUGUGAGACAGGCAGUGGACACCGAAAGUGGGAGGAUGUGGGUUGGCAGUCUGACUAAUAUGUCCCCUGAUGGUAGGCCAGCACAUUCUGUUAUUUCAGUUGGAGCCUGAAGUUAUUUUGCUGGGCAGGCUGUAUUUAAAUUGCUUGUUUGGCUUCAGUAGUGGCAAAGAUAGGAACACAGGUCCUUGGUGCAUCCCCUUUGGAGGAGCACAUUGUUAAUUAAACAGUAGGUGCCUACUUACCCAAAGAGCAUUGAAAUUAGAUACAAAACAUUUUUAAGCCUAGGACUUGAGCCAUGUAGGCACUUAAAGAGAAGUCUAAACCUUGGCAUAGCUGGCAAAUACUUUAUGGCUUAUUAUCUUUACUUUCCUGAGUCUCAAGCACCUCCUGGAGUUCACAGGCCAUCUGAAAUUGCCCAGGAAGGAGUCCUGGUGAUGCGUUAUGGGACCAUCCAUCUUUCCACGAAUCUGCUGGUAUACACAUCUCAAGAGAGCAAGAUAUUGGUGUAACAUUGCCAUGAGCUCAGCAGAAGCUGACUCAGCUGCCUUUAUGCCCAAAGGAAGAGUUCUUAGCCUAAUAGAUGCCGUUUUCUUAAUUUUGAAAUUAUUCUAGUUUGUUAAAAAAAAAACACAAAAACCAACAACAAAAAAACCGAAUUGUGAAUUAGAGUGUACUCUGUAUUCAUUAAAAGAAAACCUUGACUUGAUAUUUAGAUGAACAUAUGUGGUUUACUAAAACAGAUGGUAGAGAAUUUUUACCCUCAAGCAUGUAUUUUUAACAGUGUGUUUUUGUUUUUAUGACUUUUUGAAGUGAUUGGAUUAAGGAGAGUAAGAAAUUCUUCCUAUAACAAUCUAUUUUCAUUUGUUCUUUUUGGAGAAAAAAAGCUUUUUCAUAGAGGUUGUCAAGUGUUGCCAUAUGUUUAAGAAUGAAUUUGAACCAUUCACUUUCUGAAUUUUAAUCCCUUCUGAGUUAUACGUAAUUUGACAGAAGUCAACAUAUUUGACUUCUGUCAAAUAUAUAUGUUUGUCAAAUAUAUGUCAAGAUAUAUGACAUCUGUCAAAUUACAUAUUUGUUCAACUUAGGUCUGGUGGUGGAUGCUCCUAAAUACUUUGUUAGUCUUAUUAUUUAUUUAUUUAUUUAUUUAUUUAUUUAUUUACAAAGAACAUUAUAAUUGUGCUCUUUCACUGGUUUUUAUUUUAAUACUUGACUUGAGGUCAAGAAUUAUAUGUAGAAAGCGCACAGACAGAGCAAAAUCAUAAGUUAAUAAUGCCAUUAUGUUACUGGAAAAAUUAAGCAUGCAGAGCUAGUUAUAGCAAUAUAAUAUUUUGGGAAAAUAUUUAAAUUAUCAUAUGCUUCUUAAGUUUUAGAAAGUAUGUUUCAUUCGCUAAAGACAAGCAGAUAAUGUGCUAUUAAGAGCACAGACUCUGGAACCAGAUUGCCUGGGUUAAAAUUCUUGGCUCUCACUUUCUAGAUUUAUAUCCUUGGCAGGUUACUUGGCACCACUUGGUUUCACUUUUCUCACCUGUAAAAUGGAGAGAGGACUAAAUGAAUUUAUGCACAUAAAACACUUGGAGCAAUUCCUGACCCAUAGUAAGUAAAUAAAAGUAUUUGCAAUGAUGAUGAUGAUUGUUUAUUAUUAUUAUUAAACUUUACAGCAAAAGUAUUCAUUAAGUAAUCAUUACUGACCACCUACUAAGCAUCAGCCACUUUUCAAGUCUUAACGAAUCAUUAAAUUAAUCAGAUCAACAUUAGAAACAAUUUAAUGUUACAAUAACAUUUAUAACCAGUAGUAUAUUGCGGUUAACUUUUCCUUAGUGCUCCAUUUGAAUAAGUCAGCUGAAAACAGAUUUGCCUCUUCCUUAAAAAUUAGAAAGCAGAUGCUAUUUAUUUGGGAGGGAAUAAGCAGGAAUUACUCAAAAUAUAUAUAACCUACCAAAACCACAAUGGCACCAGUUCCUUGGGAUAAGAAGUGAAAAAUUCAUUUAAGAAGAGAUGUGCCCCAGAUCUAGGUGAGGGUACCCAGGGACAAAGUGGACAUUUCAAGUUAAGCCCUGGGAUGGAUGGAUGGAUGGACGGAUGGAUGGAUGGAUGGAUGGAUGGAUGGAUUUUAGUUAUCUUUAAGAUUAACCAUGUUUCACAUUGCUAGAGGAAAGAGGUCUUAACGUACAUCUUUAUAUGGGCGAGCACCUCUGCACCUGGGUCCACUGUAACCAUGCAUAUGGUUUUGGCCUUGCUUUUCCCACACAGCCAUGUGAGCAGGGACCCUGUGUGCUAAUGAUCAUCUCUAGGCCCAAGUUCCCUAUCUGGAAAAUGCAGAUAUCUUCAGCUACGUGUGAGCAUCAUUGUGAAGUGGGUAGAACACAUGGGCUAAUUAUAUAUUGUGUGAGAUUCCAGACACAAGGAUUAAGUGUUCUCUGUGCUGUUCAGUCUGCUUCCAAAAUCCAGCCCGAAUCCACCCCACUCUCACCAUCUCUAUCUGCCCUUUUGAGGUCAUCACUUCUCUGCUGGACUCUGCAACAGCCUCUCCCUGUGACCACUGUGUUCCCCUGGUCCUUACUCCUUCUUUUUACCCUUGGUUUGUUUGGAAUGGUUGGGGGCUAAUUUUUAUACAUUCAGAAACACUUGUUUUAAGACUUUGUUCUUUGUAUUCCUCUUCUUUCUGAUAGUUACUCAUAGCUUCAAUCUCAAAACACAAAACAAUUUUACCACACCUAUCAUUGUGUAUGUCUCUACUUGCUUUGGACUGACCUAAGGAAUAUUAUUUUGGAAGGUGUUUUAAAAAAUAAUUUCAUAGUUUGUGACUUGAAGUGCAAGAACAUCCUGGCGUUAGUAGCAUGGGGAAAGACUUAUAUAUCACUCUGUUAACAUUUAAAAACCAGGCACUACACUUAAAAGAUGGAUGAUGAAUGCCACAGAAAGCCUACAACUCCUGAAGCCUCUUGUCCAUGAGACUGGGAAAUUCCACUUACUUGGAUGACCAUGGGCCACCUCCUAGUAAGGUACUGCCUUUCCCAAGCCAGGUGGUGUACAACAGAGUAGGCAAGUGUGGGAGCCGUACUGUGGUCUUGCUUCUGAGAAUCCUGUCGGAGAAGCACGGAUUUAAUUUGGUCACAUCAGACAUUCACAACAAAACCAGGCUUACUAAAAAUGAACAAAUGGAACUGAUUAAAAAUAUAAGUACUGCCGAACAACCCUAUUUAUUCACUCGACAUGUUCAUUUCCUCAACUUCUCAAGGUUUGGAGGAGACCAGCCUGUCUACAUCAACAUCAUUAGAGACCCUGUCAACCGGUUCUUAUCUAACUAUUUUUUCCGUCGCUUUGGAGACUGGAGAGGGGAACAGAAUCACAUGAUCCGCACCCCCAGCAUGAGGCAGGAGGAGCGCUACCUGGAUAUCAAUGAGUGUAUUCUUGAAAACUAUCCCGAGUGUUCCAACCCCAGGUUAUUUUACAUCAUUCCGUACUUUUGUGGACAGCAUCCCAGAUGCAGGGAGCCUGGUGAAUGGGCCCUUGAGAGAGCAAAGCUGAACGUGAAUGAAAACUUCCUGCUCGUGGGGAUUCUUGAAGAGUUGGAAGAUGUGCUGCUGUUACUGGAAAGAUUUUUACCUCAUUACUUCAAGGGCGUGCUCAGUAUCUACAAAGACCCAGAGCACAGGAAGCUUGGAAACAUGACUGUGACGGUGAAGAAGACUGUCCCCUCUCCCGAGGCCGUGCAGAUCCUCUACCAGCGGAUGAGAUACGAGUACGAGUUUUACCACUACGUCAAAGAGCAGUUCCACCUGCUGAAGCGCAAGUUUGGACUUAAGUCUCACGUCAGCAAGCCCCCCCUGAGGCCACACUUCUUUAUCCCAACUCCACUGGAAACUGAGGAGCCAAUCGACGAUGAAGAACAGGAUGAUGAAAAGUGGCUAGAAGAUAUUUAUAAGAGGUGAUGUGACUGUGUUGCCUCCAUGGCUUUAUCUCCCUUUUCCAUAAAGUUCUUUGUUUUGGGGAAGUAAAAUCCUUAAGGGACUAAAUUAAUGCUUGGGUGCAUUAAAAAGAACAAAACAUUCCCACAUGUUGGGGUCAUUGGGAGAUGCCCGGUUUUGCGGGUUUUAUUUGUUUAAUUUUAUUCUGUGUUUUCUCUUGGCUCUUUGGGUCUUUCCCAGGUACACUAGAUGGCUCCAUCCCAAGGCAUCUUGUCAUAAAACAGCUUUCCCCCUACCCCAUAUGAUGGGAAAAGGGGGAGAAAUAUAGCCCCUAGCCUAAUAACUUAUCAUUUGUAAAAUGACUUAUAAAAAUAUUACCUCAAUGGUAGGAGACAUCCAGACUUGUAUAUUUCAGUAGAAAUACAAACCACUUCAGAGACCAGGGAAUCCCCUCUGGAAGGAUCUAAGAGAAGGUAAGACAGAUUAGGACAUCAAAAGGGAGGAUGGAGCCAGGUGCCAUGGCUCAAGCCUGUAAUACGAAGCCAAGGUGGGAGGAUCACUUGAGCCCAGGAGUUUGAGGUGGCAGUGAGCUGUGAUCACACCACUGCACUCCAGCCUGGAUGACAGAGUGAGACUCUGUCUCAAUUAAAUUUUUUUUUUUUUUAAAGGAGGAGGAUCUCCCUGGGUAAGUGGUUUCUACCUGCAUGGGUAGAGUUCUGCCUCUCGUCCUUCUCAGGGGGCACUUUCACCAAGAGCAGUGUCGUUAUCUCUGGAAGAGCAAGUCAGCUUGUGCCACGUCCCCAACCAAUCCCCAGCCUGGAGUACCUUUCAAGGUCAAAAUGCAUGACCAGCUCCAUUGAAACAUUCCAUUUCGAAGCACCAUGCUGACAGAUAUCAAAGUAGUCUAGCAGGGAAAAUAAUCUGUUUGCUGUCUAAGGAAGAAUGUAAACAAGACAGAUAAAUCUGAAGGUCAUGUGGCAUCAGGGAAAGGGCAUGGCUGUAUCCUUUGCACCCAAUAUGAAACAUCUUCUCCCAACAUUGCUUUAAAUGGAAGUUCCAGGAACCAAUUUAGCUCAGGCAUUUGACUCCCACAGCAGAAGUUCCGAGCCUGACCACAGAUGGUGUGUAAUCUAUCAAACACACCCCUGGCCAAGUUGGGUCCUAUAGGACCCGGUACUAUGUACUAUUGUAACUUCUAGUCCCCUAAGAGGUACCUGUUUUCAGUAAAAAGGGGUCCUGAGUUCUGUGCAGGUGACAGAGCUACCCGAGAACUACCUGAGUUCUGUGCAGGUAGAGUCCCCUUUCUUAUGGGACCUGUGUGCUCCUGAGCACACCUCAACUCUUACUUGAGACAUCAAAAUAGAAGCAGCAAGAGCUUUUGGGGCAGAGACUGCUUGGCCAGCUUUGUAAGUAAGUGGCUGCCUCCAAUGUAAUGUAACUAGAUGUUGGGCAGUCUCACUGUCCUAAGGUAUGUCUUCUUGCCCCCUCCCACUGCCCCUCCCCUGCCACCUAUCAACGAUGCCUUGGUUCAGUCAUUAGAAAUCUGUUCCUUUGAGUUCUGAAAUAUUUUCACCUUAAAGAAAUCCUGAAAAUGCACAUUCUCCUGGGGAGACGAUAAACAGCUAGCUGAGAAGCCGAGGUUCAGUGGUGGCAGAAGGAAGGAUACUUGCAACAAAUUUUGUCUAUUUCAUAUUUGUCCCCUAGAGCCAGCCCUAGCAAAUGUGUGAGUUGGGAGUAGUUAAUAGUAAAUAAGACUCUGACUUUACACAAGCUACACAUUUUCUACUUUUCAUAAACCACCAAGUCUCUCUAGAAUUUUUUCUUCCUUCACUAAAAUUGGACGGUAGCCAAGAUGUAAAGCAAGUCAUUUGGAACGUGCCGAGUGAGCACUAAAGCUACUUUAUCAUGAGAUGUGUGUUAAGAAGGCUCCAGCCCACAGGAGUCCAGGGAGGGCAGGGACCACAGAGGCACGGAGUCCACCACUUGGCCGCUCAUGGGCCUUCUUUCUGCCUCAGAGGAUGGGGGCAGAGAAGCAAUUAAGGGAAAUGUUCUUAGAGGAGGAAAUAUCCUUUGUCCUGUUCAGAGAGACCAGGGCCCUACCAUUAGGCAUACUUUCAAAAGCAACCUGGAGAACAGCUAUCAUAUUCAAAACCAGUACAAGAACUGCUGCCUGGUACUCUGUGAGUCAUUUCUAUGAAAUUCCAUAUAAAGAAUGAUGAUUAGUUUACACACUGUGCAAUCUCGCAAUCUGAAAAUAAAUUUGAGUUGGCUGUGUUUUCUCUGCUCUUGUCAGAACAUUGAGACAAUUGGUCGUUCAAAAACAUUCAUCCUCUUACUGCAAGUUUACCUGGGUACUGUUACCUGUGUGUUCAAAGGCAUUUAUUUUCAGCAGUGAUCAUUAUAACUUCACAACAAAAAAUGGUGAUGGAUUUACUUACAGGGUCCUAAUGUUAUUUUGUCCCAACCAACACCCUCUAGGUCCUAAAAGUCAAGGUACUUCAUCAGUUUAUUUGGCAAAUGUGACAACAUUUUUUUUGGCCCUGGGCCCAACAGUUUGUACUUCAUGAAACAUAUUGUACAUUUUACAUAGUUUAAUUUAAAAAAAUACCUUUUAAGCUAGUUGAUCUUUGACUGUCUUAUUUAUUAUAACCUUUCAGCACAUUCCAAGGUUUUAGUUACUCAGGAAGGAGUUAAUUAAAAUGAUUUUAUUUUGGUCUGAUGGAUGUUUUUUAAAAGGAAAAUUAUUAUUAUGAACCUUCAGCCUACUUUCUUGAGUGCCGUAAAAGUGCUUGUAAAUCUUUUUUUUUUUAAGAAGAAAAAAAUGGUGUUUGACAUUGAUGGAAAUUCAAAAAUAUAUAUGGAACUGAAACAUUAACUUAGCUAAAAUAAAAGCAAUCUGUGUUUGA